AUGGCGUCGCAAUUCGGGAUCUCUCCCGGGCCUCUGGCAGGGACGCUUGGUAUAGGAUUCUCCGCAAUAUUCGUUGGGGCUAAUUUGGCCAUCACAUACAUCACUGUGCCUGUGCUGUUGCUACCCUCGCGAUCAUCACCGUUGCCUCCUCCUGCAAAUGCUGCCAACGAAGAGUCGCCAACAUCCACUCAUUCGAAAAAGCCAGCCAGCAAGCCUUCGCAUCUCGCGCAACAAUGGGCCGCGAUGUAUAGCCUCGGUAGCAAGGGAGGCCCAGUUGCGGCCAUGCUUGCUUCUGGGUGUUACAUUUACACGGCUAGGACGUUGGUUUACGCUGCCAGCGUCCAAAGGAGGCUGCUCUACACUGCUGCGGCCCUGUCCGUUGCCAUUGUUCCCUUCACCUUUGGAGUCAUGAAGCGAACGAACGAUGAGCUGCACAGACGUGCACACGCAGCAGAUCAAGGAGAACAUGCUGAUGCCAAAGUCGAUGCCAAGAAGGACAGUGUCGAGAGUUAUGCUACCCCGGAACUUAUGCGUUGGUGGUCGAUGCUGAAUAUCCUACGAGCCACUUUGCAUGUUGGUGCUAUCGGCUGUGCGAUGCGCGCAAUGAAUCUGUAG